AUGUCUGCCAUGAUUUCAAAAAUUUUUGGUAAGCGAUUCUUAGCGACAGCUUCCAGUUUCGUCAACAAAACUUCUCAAUUGGAUAGGGCAACGUUGACGAUCAAAAACGGUCCCAUCUUUAAUGGGUAUUCCUUUGGAGCUAACAAGAAUGUCAGUGGAGAAGCUGUGUUCACUACUUCUCUAGUUGGAUACCCAGAAUCGAUGACAGAUCCAUCUUACAAGGGCCAGAUCUUAUGUUUUACUCAACCUUUAAUCGGAAAUUAUGGAGUGCCAUCGUCGUCUAAGAAAGACGAAUUUGAUUUGUUAAAGUACAUGGAGAGUCCACAUAUUCAAUGCAUUGGAAUCGUAGUGGCCGAUGUUGCUUUGGAAUACUCUCAUUGGACUGCCGUUGAAUCUUUACAACAAUGGUGUAAGAGAUCUGGUGUCGCAGCUAUUACUGGUGUUGAUACAAGACAGUUAGUUUCGUACCUUAGAGACAAGGGUUCCUCCUUGGCAAAGAUCACCAUUGGUGAAGAAUAUGAUGCAGAUGAAGACGCCGCUUUUGAAGAUCCUGGAUCUAUAAACUUAGUCCACAAGGUGACUACAAAGGCGCCAUUCCAUGUUGCUUGUCCCCCCCAGUACUCCAAGAAUAUUCAUAUUGCGGUCCUAGAUUGCGGUGCGAAAGAAAAUAUUUUACGUUGUUUGGUACAGAGAGGAGCAUCUUUGACAGUAUUUCCUUAUAACUACCCCAUCCAUAAAGUUGCUAACAAAUUUGAUGGUGUCUUCAUUUCUAAUGGACCUGGAGAUCCAACGCAUUGUUCUAGUACUAUAGAGAAUUUAAAAGAAACAAUGAAUAGACACCAUGAUUUGCCUAUAUUUGGAAUUUGUCUCGGUCAUCAAUUGCUUGCGUUGGCUGGAGGCGCUAAGACAGUUAAAUUAAAAUACGGAAAUAGAGCUCACAAUAUCCCUGCAUUGGAUUUAAGUACUGGAAGCUGCCAUAUAACAUCACAGAAUCAUGGUUAUGCAGUAGAUGUUACUACUUUAACCGAUGACUGGGAGCCGUAUUUUACGAACUUAAACGACCUAAGCAACGAAGGUAUGAAACACAAGACUAGACCAAUUUUUUCAACUCAGUUUCAUCCAGAAGCAAAGGGUGGCCCUCUUGACACAGCAUUUUUAUUCGAUAAGUUCUUUGAUCACAUCGCUGAAUACAAGGGAGUGAGCGGUAACGGCAUAACUAAUAUUGAUAACAGUCUAUUAGUAGAUAUUUUGCCAAAGGAAAGGGUUAUUUAA